AUGGAGAAGAGACCAGAUCUUAGAUCAUUUCUUCAGUAUUUGCCUAUUGUGGCUCAGUCUUCAUCUCUACUUUGGCCACCUUCUGUUGAAGAAGAGCUUCAAACAAUGUCAAAAGGGCCAAGUGAGUCAAUGGUUAGCUCAGGGGAGGCUCUUGCUUUGCAUAUCAUGAAUAUUCGGCAAUCCCUCUCCUUGAAUGCAUCUGAUCUCGCACCUAAUGCGUUACAAGGGUAUGCUCUUUUCUUUGACAAGAAAAUUUCUAGAGAAGAGGCUACUAACUUUUUUGGUGAGGUGGUUCCUGGAUUGUGUGGAUUACUUCUCAAGUUACCUUCCAUGUUAGAAAUGCACUAUCAGAAAUCAGACCAUGUUCUUGAUGGAGUUAUGUCCGGGCUUCGUAUAUUAGGUCCUCAAGAAGCUGGCAUUGUGUUUCUUAGCCAGGAGUUAAUUGCAGCUCUUCUUGCAUGCUCAUUCUUUUGUUUGUUCCCUGAACUUGACAGACGCAUAAAGAAUCUUCAAGGAAUCAACUUUGAUGAAUUGUUUUCGUUUUUGUAUACGCGUCAGUACACGAAGCAAGAGAGCAAAAUAAGGUGCAUCAUCCAUUACUUUGAAAGGAUAUGUCAAUGUAUCCCCACAGGCUUUGUUUCCUUUGAGAGGAAAAUUCUUCCUUUGGAAUACAAUCAUUGCUAUGUUUCAUACCCAGCGGCUGAUUAUUGGGCCAAAUCCAUCACCCCGCUUUGUUCCGUUGAGGUUCAUACCUCAGGAGUUAUAGAAGAUCAACCCGGUGAAGCUCUUGAAGUUGAUUUUGCUGAUGAAUAUUUUGGUGGUCUUACUCUUCGUAAUGGAUGUCUUCAGGAAGAGAUAAGGUUCAUGAUCAACCCGGAACUUAUAGUUGGCAUGCUCUUCUUGCCUCGCAUGGAUAAAAAUGAAGCCAUUGAGAUUGUUGGUGUUGAAAGAUUUUCACUUUACUCCGGGUUUGGAUCUUCGUUCCAAUUCGUCGGCGAUUACACAGACAAGAAAGAGUUAGAUACUUUCAUGAGGCGAAAAAGGAGAGUUGUAGCUAUAGAUGCCACUCGUCAGCCAGGAAUGAGACAAUACAAACCCGAUGGCCUCCUUCGAGAAGUUAACAAGGCUUUUAGUGGAUACUUGCAUCGAUGUAAACAUCAAGUGGACCCUCAGCUUCCUCUACCAUCAUAUUCGGCGAACCAAAUUGUAGAAAGCUCACAAGUAUGGUGUAUCGAUCAUCAUGAGGAGAAGAAGAUUGGUGUAGCUACAGGGAAUUGGGGAUGCGGUGUGUUUGGAGGCGAUCCAGAACUAAAGGUCAUGCUUCAGUGGCUUGCCAUUUCACAGUCCGGAAGACCCUUCUUGUCAUACUACACUUUUGGCUUACAAGCCCUACAAAAUCUCAAUCAGGUGACAGAGAGGCUUGCGUUGCAAGAAUUAACUGUAGGAGACCUAUGGAACAUACUAGUUGAAUACUCUUCAGAGAGGCUCACCAGAAGAACACGGCUUGGCUUUUUCUCGUGGCUAAUGACAUACCUUUCUUCUUAACUGACCAAAUUGAGUCAGAGCUCGCUUUUUAUACAUAUAUUGUCUAUGCAUGUGAUCGAUGUGUCUGUCUAUACUACCCAACUAGUUGAAUAUCAUCUCUUCCUAAACUGAAUUUGUGUGGAAUAAUCGAUAGUGUUAUGUAAUCGUAUCAGUUUGUUUCGACCUUAUAAAGCACUUA